GUGAGGGAGAAACGGAGAAAAUGGAAGACGUCUCUUUGGAUGAAGUAAUACGGCAACGCGGAAUUAACGUUAAGGUGCCUGCUAAACGAACCAUGUUUGGACGGGGUGCAGGAGGAAUUGGCAAGACUUUCGAUGCCCGUCAAAGAAUUGGCAAUAACGAUGCCCGACAGAGACUUGGUGGAGGAACAGGUUUUCCAGUGAAAGAUGCCAGAGAAAUGCUGGCUCAGAAAGACGCUCGCUUUAAAAUCCGCGGCAGGGGAGGCGCAGGAGGGGUCCAGGACGCUCGUCAGAUGAUCAACUCGCGUAAACAAGGCCAGAGCGUGUUUACGGUCCCUUUACAGAUGACUCAAAAGACAGCAGUGACCCAGCAACUCCAGAGCCACACACUUGUGCCGCAGAUCAAGAUCCAAGCUAACAACAACUUUGCAGGUGUGAACGCAAGGCUGUUUGCGUCAAACAUCCAUGGACUGAGCGGGAGAGAUGGCGCAGUGAGCCAUCUUAACAACAGAGUGACAGACGCUCGUGAUAGGCUGAGCCUGAAGAGGAGCAUUAGUGGGACGCAAGCCCAGGCAUCAGCUAUGUUGCCUCUUAAAAUAACCAAGACCAUCCAGCAAAAUCCUGGUGGAGUUCUUGGUAGAAUGCGUGUCCCCUCACAGCCUGUCUCAAAUGAUCAGGAUUGCACCCCUAGUAAACAACUCAAAUUGACUACUUCUAACAAUAUGCUCCAAUCACGGGAUGGUACAGCAGUUUCCCCAUUUUCCAUGUCAGGCCCGAUAACCAAGGUGGUUAAAAAUGAUGCCUACUCAGCCCCUCGCCCUCCCGUCCCAGUUGCUCCCACCCGGCCCACCACUGGCGCAGCCGCCCCUCGGCCCUCCGCCGGAGCCUUGAGGCCCGUUUCUCGGGCUCUCCAGCAAAGCUCAGCCGAGCCCAGCGCGGCACCUGCAGCCCCUCAGCCUGUUUUCAGUCCUUUGGAGGGAACAAAAAUAACCGUGAAUAACUUGCAUCCCCGUGUGACUGAGGAAGACAUUGUGGAGCUGUUCUGUGUGUGCGGUGCCUUGAAGCGAGCACGCCUGGUGAAGGUAGGCGUCGCUGAAGUGGUGUUUGUCCGCAAAGAGGAUGCUGUGAGCGCAUACAGGAAGUAUAACAACCGCUGCUUGGACGGUCAGCCCAUGAAGUGUAACCUUCAUAUUCAGGGAAAUGUCAUCACUUCUGAUCAGCCCAUUCUCUUGCGGCUCAGUGACACCCCAGGUGCAGGCAGCGGGGCAAAGAAGGAUGGCCUUCCUCCCUCCUUGUCCCGUUCCGCCAGUCAGCGAACGUCUCAGCCAACUCCUGAGGUCGACCCCCAGACCAUCCUUAAAGCUCUAUUCAAGUCCACGGCGCAGUCCACCUCCACCACCGAGCCCGCCAGCUCACAGGCCACCGCCUUCCGCAUCAAAAUCUAAGUUGUCUUGUACCAGUCAGUUGUGCUUCAGCGUAUUACUGCAUCCUCCCUGAUUUUCAUCUCGCCAGUGCUCGCGCCACGCGCUCAUUGGAAACUGAUUUUACAUAUUCAACAUUUAUACUCUGAGAGUGAAAUUACGUGGAUAUGCAAUAUCCUGUUUUGGUUGUCGUGCUGUCACUCAUUGAAUGUUAGUUUGCAAAAUGGACCAGUAGAAACAAACUAAAAUGUUUUGUUUUUCUGCAAGCCACCUAAUUUGGUUGUGUUCAGUGUUUUUAAUACGAUAGAUUGGCAACACGGGUGUGUUUAUGCUGUCUGUAACUCAUUAAAGGGAUUUGGAGGUGUGGAGGUCAUAGGUAAAUACACAAUAAUGCUACAAGAAAUGUAGGAUUUGCAUUUCUAGGAGUCUUUCAACAGGGAUGAAUGAAAUCACCAGACGGAUGGUCUGAAUCCUAAAUUUACUGUUUAUGUAAACCAGUUACCAGACAGUCAUGAUGUUAUUUUAAUUGUUGAUUGUGUGGCAUUCAUUAUCUUGAUAGUGACUGGCUUGAAUUAGUUCUCUCCUUUGUCAUAUAUUACUCAACUUCUGUUUUAUACUGUAAAUUACUUUUUGUUCCUUUGAUUUGUCAGAACACACUAGAGAGGUCAGAUGUGCCCUUCAAAUGUCAUCAUUAAAAUUUAGCUUUGUAGAAGUUGUCCAAGGCUUAUUUUUCUCCGGAAAUGAUAUAAAACCGGCUGGUGAAAACGGUAACAGCUCUGAUUAAAAAAGGAGCGUUAUGAGUGUGCAUGCCCGGUGUAAGAAAUGGUAGGGCUGUCGAAUGAUUACAUUUUUCAAUCAAAAUUAAUCAUGAUGAAUCACAAUUUGUAACUGUGAAAUAUGCUCAUUUUUACUUUAAUUUAUGAACAGAAAUAAUGAGAGGACAUGAAAUGUAUCUAUUAACACCUUCAAAUGAACUAAACAUUUUAAUCAAGCUGGAAGAUAACACACGUUUGGAAGUCUGUUCGCCUAACACUUGUCUCUUUAAUAGAACGUUUGAAUCUCACAUUCACCCUGUUAUGAGCAAUGUGGGGUUGCCUUCAAAGACACCACGUAAUUUAAGCAAAGGUCACGUUUUGAGUAAGUAUUUUCUGGGAUUUCCAAGCAUGCGUAAUUGUAAUUCCACAGGGAGACUUACUGUACGUUACUGAGUGAUGAGAAUGUGCACUUACUGUUUUUCUUCGUCUUUCUGUUUUUUUUGUUUAACUCCACGUGUAGAUAGAAUAAAAUUGUAAUGUUCGGAAUGUCCUUGAAUGCACCUCGCCGUAGUCUAGUGACAACGAGAAAGUGUCGCUCGGAGGCUAGGCGGACUUGAGACGCAUUUGUGAGCUGGACAUACAUAUUUGGUGUUGGAAUUGCACUACUGUUGAUGUGUUCAGGUCAGAAUAAAGUUAUAAAAGAGCGUCAGACUAUGGACUAUGGGGACGUUACAUUGUGCGUCCGUUGUCUGCUG